CGCCGUGGGGCGGAGGCGACGGUGUCUGAGGAAAGGCUCCGCGUGCUGGCUGCCAACGCUGACCUCCCGGCUUGGAGGCAGGGAAAAUACCUGCCACUGCCCGCUUUCCUUUGGUGGUCCGCUCACAACUAGUCCCGCCUGGAGAUGGCAGACGAUCUUGGAGACGAGUGGUGGGAGAACCAGCCUGCAGGAGCAGACCGCAGCCCAGGUACCCACUCUGCCUGACUCCCCCACCAUCACUCCUUCGGUAAGUCAUCUGAUUGGAGUGUCAUUUCAUUUGAUGGAAUUUUCCAUUUGAAGCAUCAGAUGAUGAAGGAGGAGGAGACCCAGAAAUGAUGCAGCAAGAGACAGCUCCAGUUCCUGCCCUGUCAAAGAAAACCGAACAGCCUAAAGAAUGUUUCUUGAUACAACCAAAGGAAACAAAAGAGGAUGCCACCAAGACAAGGAGGAGAAGAAAGAAGAAAAUUACUGAUGUUCUUGCAAAAUCAGAGCCAAAACCAGGGACCCCUGAAGACCUACAGAAGUUGAUGAAGGACUAUUACAGCAGCAGUCGCUCAGUGAUUGAAUUAGAAGAACUAAACCUACCAGACUCCUGUUUCCUCAAGGCCAAUGAUUUGACUCAUAGUCUUUCAUCAUACCUAAAAGAAAUCUGCCCUAAGUGGGUAAAACUUCGGAAGAACCAUAAUGAGAAGAAAUCGGUCCUAAUGCUGAUCAUCUGUAGCUCUGCUAUCCGGGCCUUGGAGCUCAUUAGGUCAAUGACAGCAUUCAGAGGAGACAGCAAAGUUAUGAAAUUAUUUGCAAAACACAUAAAGGUCCAGGAGCAGGUAAAGUUGCUGGAGAAGCGUGCUGUGCACCUGGGUGUAGGAACACCAGGGAGAAUUAAAGAACUCAUUAAACAAGGUGGCCUUAAUUUGAACCCCUUAAAGUUCCUGGUUUUUGACUGGAACUGGAGAGAUCAGAAGUUGAGAAGGAUGAUGGACAUUCCCGAGAUAAGAAAGGAAGUUUUUGAACUUCUGGAAAUGGGAGUCCUCAGUCUAUGCAAGUCUGAAUCUUUGAAGCUGGGCCUUUUCUAAGUCUGGGUCCUGAUGAAAAUUCCAGUUUUUAUGGUGGGAUUUGCAUCUCAUUUAAUGGCUCUGGAAUACUGCAAGGACUCAGUAAAUAUCAGCUGUUGUUUUAUUAUGUUAACUGCAUCACCAGAUGAAUCACUAGAAAUUUUUGGUGGAGAUUCUUUGACAAAAAUGAAGCUGUCCUUUGCCAACUUCUUUGUAUAAUAAAGUAUCACCAGCUUGUAUAUGA